UCCUGAAUCAUCUCACCAAGGGGUUCUCCACACAAUCUAUGCGGUGGUUGACUUCAGUGUUUUUCUUGCAGAAUUCUGAUAUUUAUGAGUUAUUAUGGCUACUACUACUUCAGCUGCGGUUACAGAACCUCCUGGAUUAGAGACUCAACGCAAAGAAAUCGAGUCUUUACUUCAGGAACAUGAACUCCGUGCAGGGGAUACUUGGUACCUGGUGGAGAGGCGAUGGUAUGAGCAGUGGAAGGAGUAUGUGGAAACAGGAGACCAGAACUCCUCUUCUUUUCCUGGACAGAUUGACAACACAGAGCUGUUUGAGGAACUGGAUUCAUACCACCUGAAGGAGCGUCUGGUGGAGAAUGAGGACUUUGUGUUGAUCCCUGCUGAAGCAUGGCAGAAGCUUCUGGCCUGGUAUGGCAUGGUAGAGGUCCAGCCUGCCCUGGAGAGAAAGGUGGUGGAUCUGCCCAGCCUAGUCAAGGUUGAGGUCUACCCUGUGGAAAUCUUCUUGUGCCUCCAUAGCAACAUGGAAAAUGUUGUGACGGCACAGUUUAGCCGUGCUGAUCACAUCCAUACGAUUCAGAAGGUGAUGAUGAAGCAGUUUGAUGUGGUGGAGGGGGCAGAGACCCGGCUGUGGAUGAAGAGCUCAGACACCAGCUGUGAGAGGCUGAGGAAUGUCCACGUCAGAGUCCUCGACUCCUGCCUCAGCUCUGGCAUGACGGUGAUCAUGGAGAUGAGGAAUGCAGAUGGUACCUGGCCCAGCUCCAGACCGCAGAUCAUGAGGAACUCUGUGGAGGAGCAGGACUCUUACCGGGGCCAGCCAGGAGUCUGUGGCCUCACCAAUCUGGGAAACACAUGUUUCAUGAACUCUGCACUGCAGUGUCUCAGUAACACUCCUCCACUGACGGAGUACUUCCUGAGGAAUGCCUAUCUGGAGGAGCUCAACUUCACCAACCCCCUGGGCAUGAAGGGGGAGAUCGCAGAGGCCUACGCUGAUGUCAUCAAACAGAUGUGGUCGGGGAGGCACUACUCUGUGGUUCCCAGGAUCUUCAAGACCAAGGUUGGUCACUUUGCCUCCCAGUUUCUGGGCUACCAGCAGCAUGACUCCCAGGAGCUGCUCUCCUUCCUGCUGGACGGGCUUCAUGAGGAUCUCAAUCGGGUCAAGAACAAGGAGUACAUCGAGCUGAGGGAUGCCGCUGGCAGGCCUGACCAGGAAGUGGCAGAGGAGGCAUGGCGUAACCACCGGAGACGAAACAACUCCGCGAUUGUUGACACCUUCCACGGCUUGUUCAAGUCCACCCUGGUUUGCCCCGAGUGCCGCAAAGUGUCUGUCACCUUUGACCCCUUCUGCUACCUGAGCGUGCCCCUGCCUGUUAGCAAGGACCGGGUUAUGGAAGUAUUCUUCGUCUCUCUGGAUCCUGUGGCCAAACCUGUUCAGCAUCGCUUGGUUGUACCCAAAGCUGGCAAAGUGUUUGACCUGUGCUCCGUUCUCUCGGAAAUGACCAAAAUCCCAGCCAAUCAAAUGGUUGUGGCCGACGUGUUCAACCAUCGCUUUUAUAAGCUGUACCAUGCUGAUGAGUCUCUAAGCUGCAUCCUGGACCGGGAUGACAUAUUUGUAUAUGAGCUGAACAGAGGCUCUGUGGAGGAGGAGGGGGAUGAGGUGGUGCUGGCUCUGUACCUGAGGGAGCGCUCCCACUACAGGGACUACGGCUCGGGGAGCAGCAGCUACGGGACGUCCCUGUUCGGACACCCACUGCUCAUGACCGUGCCUCGAGGCCAGUGCAGCCGUGACGCCCUCUAUCACCUCUUCCUGCAGCGGCUAGCGCGGUAUGUCCGACCACCAGAUCCCUCAGAGGAGGAGGAUGAGGAGGAGGGUGAAGAUGAUGAUGACGAUGAGGAGGAAGAAUUGUACAAGACCCAGACCAAUGGUGUCAGCUACGAUGACGGCGAGGAUGACUGUGAGAGGCCAGAACCCUCCAAGAGGGAUCACUGUUGUGAUGGUGUCGGCCAAGGGCCUGCUGUGACCCAGACUCAGCCAGACCAGACCCAGGAGUCUGGAGGAGAGGCACAAGCUGACGAGGGGACCAGCAGUGAGGUCAGGGCAGGGUGCAGCACAGAGGACAGUGCCUCGGCAUCCUGCAGUGCCUCGGCACCCUGCAGUGCUGGAGCCAGUGGUGGUGCUGGAGCCAGUGGUGGUGCUGGAGCCAGUGGUGGUGCUGGAGCCAGUGGUGGUGCUGGAGCCAGUGGUGGUGCUAGUGUUGAUGCCAGUGCUACAGGCCCAACAGACAGCCAGCAGGGUGCAGGCCACCAGCAGCAGCCAUGUGAGGAGGAGGAGGAGAGGGGUGAGGGCCCCCCCUGCCUGCCACAGGCCAACGAGAGGCAGGCAAAGAGAAAGGGCUGCGAGGCCAGACGGAGGAAGCUGCUCUUCUCCAUCCAGGCGGUCAAUUCCAAUGGCACCACAGAGAGAGGCAUGGGACAGGACGGCAGUGCCUUCUCUUUUAGCUCUCAACCAUAUGUAGCCAUGGACUGGGAUCCUGACAUGAAGAAGAAAUACUACAACGAGAAUGAGGCAGAGAAGUAUGUGAAACACCAAAGCAUGGAGGUUCCUCACCAGCAGACCACAGUGCAGCUGCAGGAGUGCAUUGAGCUCUUCACCACUGUGGAGACCCUGGAGGAAGAAAACCCUUGGUACUGCCCAAUGUGUAAGAAACACCAACUGGCCACUAAGAAACUGGACCUGUGGUCACUGCCGGAGGUUCUCAUCAUCCACCUGAAGCGCUUCUCUUACACCAAGUACUCCAGGGAGAAGCUGGACAUCAUCGUUGACUUCCCUCUCAGACACCUCGACUUUUCAGGUUGUCUGCUGAGGAAGACCGGUGCAAACGGAGAGCCGCCCAGCCGAUAUGAUCUGAUCGCAGUAUCCAACCACUACGGCGGACUCAGAGAUGGACAUUACACCAGUUAUGCCCGGAACAAAGACAACGGACAAUGGUAUUACUUUGAUGACAGCAAGGUGACAUAUGCAAGGGAGGAACAAAUUGUGACCAAUGCUGCCUACCUCCUGUUCUACCACCGACAAGAUAAGAUUCGCCAGCCCACCUUACCCGCCCCCUUGGACAGCUCCUCUCCCACCCAGCCUGCUAAUGAUGUCACUUCCCCCAAACAUGAUGGGAUGGAGGGAGCCACUCCCUGUGUCAACAUGGAAACAGACUGAAGCAGAUUUGUUUUUUUGUUUAUGUUUUCCUGAGUUGAUGGGGCUUUUUGAUUUUGUAUUGUUUUAUUUCUUUUCUAUUCCAAAAAAACUUGAACCUUCUUCCUCUGUUCUGCAUUGAUCAAGGAGUGAGAGGCUAGAUUCUCAGGCCGGUGGAGAAGAGUGAGGAAUACAAUUUAUUCUUUUUUUUUUUUUUUUUUAGAUUAUUGAGUAAAUCUGGGGACACCAAUAUAGUAGAACAUUGAAUGAUGAAAUCUGUCAUUGCUUAAUCAGAUUAAGGUAUGCAGUGUCUGUCUAUGCUGAUGCCAAAUGGACCUCUUAGUGAUUGGAUAUAGUCAAUCAUAAUUUAGAUGAUUCAAGACCUAUGAAUUGUGAAUAUCUGUGCACCACUAUCUAUCUGUACUGUGAUGCACUGCUGGAAAGAUGACCUCUAACUUUGAUCCACUGCUGUGCUUCUUAAUUGAGCUGAAAUCGAGGCAGAUUUCCUUGAGGCUGUUUGAAUAGAUUUGAACGCAUUUUGCUCUAGAAGGUAAAUCACAAUGUAUGAGGUUAAAAGCCCAGUGCAGUCAAACUUGAUUUCCUGUGUUUUAUAUAUUUCCUCCAUUAUGACGUUGGAAUAAUACUGUGAAAUUGUGAAAAUUAUGCCCUUUUGGUGUAAGCUAUUUUGAAAAGAAGACCUGAAUUUCAGCUUGAUUUCCAUGGGUGGAGUUUUGGCAUGUCUUGUGACAUCACCAGGCGUUAUAAGUUAGACCGAUAACAGUUUCAAACCUCCCUACCAAUAACGGCUAGUUUUCAGGAUACAUAUCCCUCCAAUUAUGCCUCAUUCAAUACAACUCAGAAAUAUCUGACUUCAGUGCCUUCAAGACAACUGAGAACUAUGAGAAGAAAAAGAAAAACUGACUGGUCAAAAUAGUUUAACAGCCAUCCACCUCGGAAUUCCAAAUCGGAAACUGUGGCAUCUUUCUAGAACUCCGACUGUCUGACUUGAAGAUCACUGACAUCAUGAUUUGACCUCGCCCCGCCCCCCAUUAAAAAAAACAUAUAUAUUAAAUCACAGUAAGGUACUUAAUUGUUACACAGAAAUGAUUUGAUAUUCAGAUCAUAAGGGAAAAUCCACUCAAAAGCUAUCUUUUGUUAUUUUUCCAUUAGUCCGCUGUUGAUACAGCAAAAUGCAUCAUCAUGAUGAUGUGGUCAGUGACCCUUUGCUUCUUGAAUGUCCAAUAUCUUAACUUGACUGCUGACAUGGAAAACAUGUUGUGACUGUCAACAGUGUACUAUUGAAAAAUACACCUAAGAUAGUUUUUUUUUUGUGUGUGUGGAUUUACACUUUAACAGCAUAGAUAACCUGGUUUUGAGUUAACUCCUGAUUUUAAAAUUAGAUUACAUUCUCCUAUUACUCUGUUUUCUUUAUAUCAAGAACUGCAUUAACCGGAACAUUGCAAUGUGAUUUAUAUGGAACAUAAAGGUGAAGAAAACCAUAGUAUUAGAAGCAGACACUUUGAAUACCGUUGGAGGCAUUGUAUAUUUUCUCUUGCGAUCCAUUAUUUGUUUUUCAUUGAAUUAUCAGACACAUAAAUUGGGCCUCUUGGUGCUCAUGGAGAUAUUUCUAGUUAGGAUUAGUUUUCCACUGUCAACAGUGAUUUUGAGAUAGAAUCUCUGGUGCAGGACAUAAACAGAUGCAUAUUUUUCGGAUUCAAAUAUCAUUUGUACUCUUUUAGUAGAAGCAAAUAAAUCGGAAAAAUUAGAUAUUCUUUAAAAUUAGAUAUUAGUUUAAUUUUAUUCUGUGCAAUUUCUUAAUGACGAGCAAUGGAUAGAGAGCUCUAAAAUGAUUUUUUAAAGCGCAUCUGUACAGUAUUUUUCUAUUGUAAUAAAUGUUUUGUCUUUGGUCAUCUGAUUCAGA